AUGAGUUCUGAAAACUCUGACUCUGGACCUAGUAUUGCUCUUUCAUUGGUGGCGCAGUUUGACGAUAUUAAUCGUUUAAAUAACAUACUUAACGAUGGGGCUACGGAAGAAUGCUUUUUAGCUUUCCUAAAGCAAAUAGAAUGGGCCCGGAGCCAAUGGGCCUCUGCAGAGGCGGAAGCGAACAGGCUUCAAAAGGAAUUGGAUGAGGCUCAUCGCACACUUGCAAAGUCCGAAGCGAAAUUCGCACAUGUUAGAAAAAUGUUGGAUGGAGAGAAAAGGGAGAAGAAUAUAUAUCUAAAGAAAUACAAUGAACAGAGCAAACUACUAGACAUGGCGCGUGAUCUUCUGUUCAACGACAACCGUGCCAAACUUAACGAUGAAACCCUUCAAAAGCUGGCAUUCCUCAAUGGCACCGCUCAGCAAGAUCACAAUGCUAAGCUUACUGGCGUGCCUGAACUCAACUCAACCGGUGAGAUAUUAGGCACUCUUCUCUCCGAGAUGUCCUACUCUCGGUCUGAGGACGACCUGGACCUCUCUUUAGCGUCCACUCGCCGCUCUUGGGUCCAGCGGGGAGGCUGGGCGGCGCGAGAUCCACCGCCCCCGAAUAAGAAGAGGCGCUCUUCAACAUCAUCCGCUACUAAAACCGUCGAACUGCAAGGUGGAAAAGUGCUGGCCACUGCCACAACGACCCUCACACUGGAGCGCGCACCCACCUGCCAGGAUCUUAAACCGCCACAGAACUUCCAACCGAUCUCGGAGAGUAGUGACGAGGCGCCACCGCCGCGCAAGUCCUCCGGCCGCCACUCCAACUCGCACCCCCACCCUAUAGAGGUGCACUGCACCCCAUCAGCCCCGCCCAGAACUGAGUCGGAGAGCGCGUCGGAGGGGCGCGACGUGAGGGAGGGGGGGACCCCGCUCCGCGCGCCGCAGCGCACCCCCUCGCUCGUCUCCUCGCCGCGCACCAGGCUGAGGCAGCACAACUUCGUCGCGAAGAACUUCUACAAGCGCGAGACGUGCGGCCCCUGCGGGAAAACGAUCAAGUUCGCGAAGGUGGGCGUGAAAUGCGAGUGGUGUCGUGCGCAGGCGCAUCCCGAGUGCCGAGCGCUGCUGCCGCUGCCCUGCGUCCCACCAGGACGGGCCCCGCCCCAUCAGCAGGAGGGCUGCAUAGCGGACUUCGCGCCCAGCACCCCGCCGAUGGUUCCCGCCCUGCUGGUGCACUGCGUCAACGAGGUGGAGAAGCGGGGCCUCACCGAGCGAGGCAUCUACCGAAUCAGCGCCGUGGACAAGGACGUGAAGCGACUCAAGGAGCGGUUCCUACGCGGCUGCGGGUCGCCGCAACUGGCGCAGGAGGACAUCCACGUGCUCUGCGGCUGUGUGAAGGACUUCCUGCGGUCGCUGCGCGAGCCGCUGGUGUCGGCCGCGCUGUGGGCGGACUUCAUGGCGGCGGCGCGCGUGCCCGAGCCGGCGGACGCCACGGCCGCCGUGGUGCAGGCGGUCAGCCAGCUGCCCAGGCCCAACAGGGACACGCUCGCCUUCCUCAUGCUGCACCUGCAGAAAGUGGCCGAGAGUCCUGAAUGUGAAAUGGGCAUAGAGAAUCUGGCGAAGAUAUUCGGCCCCACCAUAGUGGGCUACGGGAUGAUGACGCAGGCAGCCGAAAUGUACAGCGCCACAGCGCAAAUGUUCAACGUGAUGCAGCUUUUGCUCCGGCUGCCAGGGGACUAUUGGGCGCAAUGGGCUUGCCCCCCCAAUUCCUCCCCACUGGCGCCCCCUAGCAAGCCCAGGGGAUUCUUCUUCUCCCCCGCCGAAACCGGAAUUACAAGGAAGAAGAGGAACUACUUUCAA